AUUGGGUGUUCGUUCAGCUUAGACAACCGGAAGUAGUCUCAGUAGGGAAGGCUAAUUAAUAUUUCCGUGUUUUGCAAUCUAGUGUUACACAGUGUGUUGUUUUAAUUGCCAUGUGCAAUGUAUGGUUGUAUUCGCUGAACGCCUCUGUCAUCAAAAGCUUGGUCUGGGAUGUCAGGGGAGGACAUUGAACUCACUGGCGGAUAUAGACAUCGCACACCAUUCUAUAUUUUCCGGACCUAGGCGUACAAAUGUCACUAACACAGACAGCCAUGAGCAGCAGCGCAGUGACCAGUGCCCAGUGGUUGGGGACCGGGCAAAUGCCACAGCCUUCCAGGGGCCCUUAUAUCUCAGUCAUCACCAACAGGACAACCAACAUGGUGAUCAGAGGGGCCAUGCUGUUUUCUGUGGGCGUCUUCCUGGCCCUGGUGCUGAACUUACUUCAGGUGCAGAGAAACGUCACCCUCUUUCCCCCUGAUGUCAUCAGCAGUAUCUUCUCCUCGGCCUGGUGGGUGCCGCCCUGCUGUGGCACAGCCUCAGCAAUGAUCGGGUUGUUGUACCCCUGCAUCGACAGUCGUCUGGGUGAGCCACACAAGUUCAAGCGGGAAUGGUCCAGUGUGAUGCGCUGCGUGGCUGUGUUUGUGGGCAUCAACCACGCCAGUGCUAAAGUAGACUUCGCUAACAAUGUCCAGCUGUCUCUGACUCUGGCAGCGCUCUCCAUUGGUCUGUGGUGGACAUUUGACAGGUCCCGCAGCGGCUUUGGCCUGGGAGUCAGCAUCGCUCUGUUGGCAACGCUGGCCACCCAACUCCUGGUUUACAACGGCGUCUUUCAGUAUACUUCUCCAGAUUUCCUGUAUAUUCGCUCCUGGUUACCUUGCAUCUUCUUUGCGGGGGUGAUAACUAUGGGUAACAUAGGACGGCAGCUAGCCUUGUAUGAAUAUAAAUUCAUUCAGGAAAAGACCCAUCAGGACUGAGGGACCUCUUGGAUUCAUCAGGCCUCUGCUCAAAAUGACAUUGAAUUUGCACCAACCUGAAGCCAGAGGCAAAUUAUUAUAGAACAUCUGCAUGCAGCACAGACCAGGACUGGCUGGCCCUGGAUGAGCCAGUCAGGCAUGUCAAAUGAAUCCUCAGCUCCUGAUUGGCUGCCUGUUGCUUUACGCUGGACCAGACAGUAUUUUUGAUUGGCGCAAUACAGAGCUCGGGGCUGCCAGGCUACAAAUCUGAGCUGAGGUGAACAAUGAGAACGGAGUUUGUUGUGUUGUUUCGUUUGGUGCAGUUUAAUUCUACUUACCUAGAAAGGGAUUAGUGUCAAAGCAUCUAUCGUUCUUCAGAUCAGCUCUAAUGUUUAAAAGCUUUGGCUCCAUUGUGCCAAACACAAUCACACGGGGAUCAGUUUUAAAGUCUCCUUAUCUCCUGGUUCUUUCACAUCCUUCACGUAUCAGUGGGGAACACAGCCUGGUUAACUUAUAUCUUGGAAGAUAUGCAUCUAUAUACCAGACCUUUUAUUGUAUAUAAUUAGCUUAUACCUGCAUUUACAUUUUCUUGAUAAAGAAUGAUAUGUAUUGUACGCUUCUCUGCCCUGGCUGUGAGGACACCGGGUGUUCAGUGCUCACCUGUAGCCUGUGUGUCACUGAUAUUUACAGUAUCAUCAGAUCCAAAGAAUGAAGGAAGAGUGCUGUCUUAUUGAUUGAGCAAAACUCUAAGGGUUUAGGUUGGAAGUGAAUGGUAAUGAAUUUACACCGUCUUAAGGAAUUAGUUUAAUCCAUACAUGGACACUGGCUUAGGUUUUAAGCACAUUUUCUUUGUGAAUUCCCUUAUUGUAGAACACUUUUUGUUUUUAAAUACCUUAAUUUCAGGGAGCAACAAUUGUCCAAAUAUGUAACUACAGCCUUUUCACUUUCCUGGUUAAGAAAAGCAAUUUUUGCUUUCCCCAAAAACAGCAGGAAUGUCAAAUUUCCCCGCAUACUGUCUUCUCAGCACUUGACUCCAACUUGAUGGUUCUCCUUUAUGGACCAUAGGUGUUGAAUACCUCAUAUGACAGUAGACUGGUAAGUAGAACUUAAAGUAGAAUAAAGUCAUUUCUUAGUGCAUGUAAAGAGCGUAUGUAUGAUCCUAAAUAUGUCUUCGCUUAUAUUUACAGAUAUCGCUCACACAUAAAUACAAUUAACUAUCAUUUGUUAGACAAUUUGCAUGUUUUCACAGGGUUAUAAAGGAUACUUGUGGUGUUAUAGGGGGAAACCCUGAGCAUCCUUUCUUUGGACAUAUUUUCAACCACACUUUUUUCUGAGCUUGGUUGAAUAUUUUGCUAUAGGAACUGUUUGUACUGUUUAAAUACUGUUACAUUCCUUUUAACUUGGCCACAAAGAAUACAUAGUGUUUUGCAGUGAUACAAUUAGUUUAAAAUCUGAAAUUGUCCCCUGUAUGAAGUACGUGUUUGUUGGGUGGAUGGAUUGGGAACCCUCCUGGUCGAAAACAAAUAAAAACAAUAAAGCAAAUGAGGAAUAAAACAAGGCGCUCUGUAUCUGUAAGAGGUAUGACUGGAUCAUUUAAGGGACAUUUUUAUAACAAUUUCUAAUGAAAAAUGUUGGGUAUAAUUACAGUAUUUAAUACAAACUCUAAAACAGUGUUUUUGUAAUAUUCCAUGAUAUAGGUUAGAUGAUGUGGAGAAACCAUUUUAAUGCUUUUGUUUUCUGAACAUGUGCAGUUUGUUUUGGUGUAAUAAAGACCAUGGCCUUUUGGUGACUGCA